AUGAUCGACCUAGAUCCUAAUCUCUAUACGGUCGCAUGGAUCGCUCCCUUGGAGAUCGAGGCGCAGGCCGCGCUGCACAUGUUGGACAAUAGACACCCGGGCAGAUUUCGAAUGGAACGUGGGGAUGACUACGUCUUUCAAGCUGGAGAUGCAUGCGGGCACAACAUCAUCAUAGCAACUCUACCGGCCGGCGAACUGUACGGCACAGGUUCUGCAGCGGCUCUCGCACAUCAAGUCAAAAAGUUUUUCCCAAACCUUUGGUUCGGCUUGCUGGUUGGCGUCGCAGCUGGUCUUCCGAAUCUCUUGCGCUGUCCACCGCUGGACAUUCGUCUGGGCGAUGUCCUCGUAGGCCUUCCUAUUGGGGAUAACGCUGGCUUGAUACCUUAUGACCUGGGAAAAGAGACUGGCGACAAUGGAUUUCAGCUACUGCGCGCCGGCCAUGGAUUGGCUAGGACCGAAACUGUCGUCAGAUCGGCUAUCGGAAGCAUCAAACUCAUGGCACCAAACGAUGCAGACGAGCGUCUCGUACAACGAGAGCAAAGGCCGGUCUCGAAGCGCACUAGGAUAUGGUACGGAUCAAUAGGCUCAGGUGAAAAACUCAUGAGGAACGCUCAAAAACGCAACGAACUGAGAGACAAAUACGACCUUAUCGGUCUUGAGAUGGAGGCGGCUGGAACGAUGGAUCGAAUCCCUGUCGGAGUGGUUCGAGGAGUCUGUGACUACGGGGAUGAACACAAGAACAAAGAGUGGCAGCCAUACGCUGCUGCAAUGGCUGCUGCCUACGCAAGGACAAUUUUGGGAAGGAUAGGGCCAAUUGUUAGGCUCAGCUUGAGCCUCUCACGCAAGCGAAAUUUUGAUGAGGGCAAUUGCGUACCUCUCUCGGAAGUCGAACGACAUAAGCGUCCAUACUAUGGGCCAGUGACAAAAGCCGUGGAAUUGGAUGCGACUCUCAAACAAUCAUUGAUAGACCAGCUCUAUUUUGACCAGAUAGACGAGCGUCUAAUAAACCUAACGGCCGCACAAGGCAAAACUUGCCGCUGGUUCCUCGACAAGGACGAAUAUAUAUUGUGGAACGACUCAUCUCGACAGCCGGAGCACGGCGGAUUUCUCUGGGUGAAAGGAAACCCUGGCACUGGAAAAUCGACUCUCAUGAAAUUUCUCUUUGAGCAAGCGAAGGAAAACGUGAGAGAUAAUCCGUCGCAAAUCGUUUUGUCUUUCUUCUUCCUGGCCCGGGGUACGGUCGAGGAGAAGUCAACAAUAGGUCUUUACAGAUCCCUUCUUCACCAGCUCUUUGAGAAAGCUCCGGGAACACAAACCAGCCUAGAAUGGAUGACAGACAAUGGCGCAAAGGUCGUUCAGCGAAAUGGCUGGAGCGAGCAAGCACUGAAGCAGACGCUUGGGCAUGCCGUCCAGGCACUGGGCAGUCGGUCGCUGAUGAUCUUUGUGGAUGCACUGGACGAGUGCAAUCAAGACCAGGUUGCGGACAUGGUUUGUUUCUUCGAAGAGCUGUGUGACAGCUCGCAAGACUGGAAGGUUCUGUUACAGGUGUGCUUUUCGAGUCGGCAUUACCCAACAGUGGUCAUUGAGAAAGGCAUCGAGGUCACUCUAGAGGACGAAAUCGGGCACACGCAAGAUAUUCAGCAAUAUAUCAAGUCAAGUCUUAGGCUGGGCAAAUCGGCGCAAGCCGAUAAACUCCGGUCCGAGAUUCUCGAAAAGUCCUCUGGAAUCUUCCUCUGGGUCGUUUUAGUCCUUGAGAUUCUCAACCGCGAAUACCGGAAGAGACCUGACUCUAUCCGGAAGAUGGGCGAUCGCCUCAAAGAAAUUCCGCCAAGAUUGCACGACUUGUUCGAAAUGAUUUUGACGAGAGAUAGUGAAAACCUCGAUCAGCUACAUAUCUGCCUCAAAUGGAUCCUCUUCGCAGUCCGUCCACUCAAACCACAGGAGCUCUAUUUCGCGGUUCAAUUUGGGCAAGACAAAGGAUCCGCCGGCUUCUGGGACAAAGAAGAUAUCGAGGUUGACAAGAUGAAGUCAUUCGUGAGUAAUUCUUCCAAAGGCUUGGCUGGAGUCACUCGUAACAGAGCUGCGGAAGUCCAGUUCAUCCACGAAUCUGUUAGAGACUUCUUGCGGGCCAAAUACGAAAGCCAGCCGUCUGAAGCUCCAGGUGGUUUUGUGGGCCAGAGUCACAUGCUUCUGAGAGAUUGCUGCUUGGCUCAGCUGGAGAGCUUGGAUCCUGAAACUGUCGGCAUAGAAGACCCUUUGCCUCAGGCUUCUGCAAUGACAGACGCACGAAAGAGAAUCAAUUCGGAAUAUCCAUUUCUGGAUUAUGCAAUUCUCAACGUCCUCCAUCAUGCCGACCGCGCUCAACAAAAUGAUAUAGACCAGAGAGACUUCCUCGCCAAAGUCUCUCGUCAGAAGUGGACUUUUCUCAACAAUUUUCUAGAGAAGCACCAGAUUCGGCGAUAUACCAAAUCAGUCAGCCUCCUUUAUAUUCUUGCAGAGAAGAAUCUCCCUCAUCUUAUCUGCGUCCAUCCUCGGGCAGCUUCAUGUUUCGAUAUCGAAUCUGAGGAUGAGCGUUACGGCACACCGAUCUUUGCGGCACUUGCUACGGGCAGCCGUGAGGCUGUUUGGGCGCUUUUAAGAAAGGAAGCGGAGAUGAUGCCCUCAGACUCCCCACUGCACAAUCUCUGUGAAGGAUAUUGCCAGGACAGAAAUAAACCGACCAGACUUGGACGCAACUUUGUCUUCUCACGACGAAAAGGCGUGAUCUCCUAUCUCGCCGAGGAAGAGGAAGAAACACUGCUUGCUUCUUAUCUCCUUACCAGUGCAUUGCUGCUUGACAAGGAUAGUAUGAACCUGAAUCAUCAGGAUCGCAACUCCCAGACGCCGUUGUCCCUGUCAGCCAGAAGGGGACAUACCGCCGUUGUCAAGCUACUGUGUGAAAAAAGCGGGAUAUGGUUGAAUCACCAAGAUGUGAGUGGCCAGACGCCAUUAUCUCUGGCUUCUCAAGAGGGACAUGUCGAAGUUGUCAAAUUGCUGCUCGAAAGGCAUGGGAUCGACAUACACCUUCCAGACCACCAAGGCCAGACGCCAUUGUCACUGGCUCAAGCAGGGGGCCACGCCAAUAUCGUGGAACUUCUAUCUACAAUCUGA